CUGGAAGGCAGAGGAUAGAGCAGGUGGAGUGACAGAGCGGGGCAGACGAGGCAGCUCCCAGGAGUGGGGGGAAAUCCCCCCCCUUCGCGUAACCCUUGGAAAGAGGGGAGGUGUCAGGGGGAAACUCCCCCCGCCCCCUGGAACCGAGCGGCUCUGUCUGGGAUCUUUAGUUGGGAGGAUUUUGUACACACCGAGCUCGGGACGGGGGGGGUUUGCUGCCUUUGCUCCUGGCGUGUCCGGACCGGCGAUGAAGCCCCGGCCCCGCGUGUGAACCGGACUCCGCCGCCGCUGAAGUGGGGCUGGGAGCUGUGGGGCGAGCGCUGCAGGGAUUUUGGUGCGCGGCGGCGGCGGGGGGGGGUCUCUCGCUUUUCCCCCCCCCUUUUUCUUUGCACAACUUGAUGAGUUGCUGAGGGAGGGGAGGGGGCUGAUCUCCCCCCCCACCUCCUCCCCUGCAAACUCCCCCACCCCGCCUCGCUUGGCAAGUCGAUGGGCGCCCUGGACCCAAUCUCCGGAGCCAGCAGCCCCGCGCUCACCAUGCUGAAUGGGGCCGAGAGCCAAAGUUUUGCCAAGGAGCCGCUGGAUCUGCAGGGGGGCAAGGAGCCGGCCGAGCUGAAGAUGGGCGUCCCGGAGCGGUUCUACUUCCCCGACGCCCCGGCUCCGGAGAGCUGCCCGCUGAACCUGCCCUACAGCGCCCCGAUGGUCCCGGGGGGCUUCGGGGGCAGCGCUCCGGCCACCGGCCGCUUCCUCGGCCCGGCCCUGAGCAGCUGCUCCGGCUACAGACCCCAGCCGCCGCCCGCCGCCGCCCAGCCGGGCGGCCACGGCUUCGCGCUGCCUCCCGGCGAGCUCUACCCCGGCGGCGGGGAGCUCUACCCGAGCCCGGCGGCGGGGGACAGCUGCUACCCGGGCGCCGUGCAGCACGUGUUCCCCCGGGGCCCGCUCUAUCCGGUGCCCGGCUACCAGCUCUCCGGCAAGGUCCAAGUGAUGCUCAACAACUACCCGCUCUGGGCCAAGUUCCACAAGCACCAGACCGAGAUGAUCAUCACCAAACAGGGCAGGCGGAUGUUCCCGUUUCUCAGCUUCAACCUCUCCGGGCUGGACCCCGUGGCUCACUACAGGGUCUGCGUGGACAUUGUCCUGGUGGAUCAGCACCACUGGAGGUACCAAGGCGGGAAGUGGGUCCAGUGCGGCAAGGCCGAGGGGAACAUGCCAGGCUUCUCUUGA